GGAGAAGCGUUCACGCGCUUCGGGAUCUCGGAGGCCAUGGUUUGUGCUGGGUGGUGUAAAAUAGCAGCGUAGAUGGCGCAAGUAACCGCCCGAUUCGGAAUAUGCCAAGUUAUUUUUUUGUUUUUGUACGUUCGACGUUUCGCCAGUUUCGCGUUUGGUUUCGCCGUUUCCGUCACUGGGCGAGUGGGUUUACGUUUUCUGUGCGUUGCCUUGUCAGCCCUUCGACGUCGGAUGGCCGAGUGCGUCGGUGUCCCGUAACUAAAUCGAGUUAUUUUGGAAGUCGCAGGCGGGUGGGUUCAGAAUGCAUUCAGCAAUCCGCAUGCAAGAGUCUUCCUCGUACCCCGUAAUUCAAUGGGACCCCCUUCUGUUCUUGAAAGCGCCUGAAGAGGACAACGCAGAAAGUGCGGACUGCGCUACUUUGUCUCAACAAGGUAGUGAAGAGUGCAGCGACGACGCCCAGAAACCCAGGAGUCCGGAGCCUGCAAAACGUCUGGAGUCUGGCAACCUUCGCCACAAGUGCCCGCACUGUCUGACGGCGUUUGCGACCAAGGGGGCCCUCCGUCGACACGGCUGCGUCCUCAGGGACCUCUUCCGAUUUCGCUGCGAGUCAUGCGGGACGUCCUUUGCAAGCGAGGCCACCUACAUCGGGCACUCCUGCAGUCGCACAGUCCACAAGAAGAGAUUGGUGUCGAAAACGAUCAAAGACCCCGACCAGCGUCUUCACAAGUGUCGCCGAUGCUCGAAGUCCUUUGGAACCAAGAGCUGGCUGAAACGUCACUCCUGCAUUCAUAAAGACACUUCUCACGUGCGGCGCAAGAAGCGGGACAUCGUCCCCGCCAGCCAAGGUGUUGAGCCCGCUUGCCAAGAUGUUGCACCUUCUGGCCAGGACAUCGUCUGCGCUAGUGAAAGUGUCACUCUCGCUAGCCAGGAUGUCAUCAUCGAAAAGCGUCCCGGCGUCGACACCAAAGAACGGCGGUACGCUUGCGACAGGUGCACCGAGGCAUACUCCGAGGAGACGGAGCUCGCCACCCAUAUGCGUGGACAUGCCAGCAGCGACCGUUACCGGUGCAAAGAUUGCGCCAAGACGUAUGCCCGCAGGUUUCAGCUACAAACCCACAUGUUGACUCACUCCGGCGAGAAACCCUUCAAGUGUCGGCUCUGUCCGAAAGGAUUCAUUCGGAAAGCGUCAUUGAUAUUGCACAGUAAAGUGCAUGUCGAGGAUAAGUACAAGUGCGACCUCUGCCCGGAGAGCUUCCACCUCGAGAUCUCGCUGAAUAAGCACAAACGCAUGCACGCCCCCCCGAAGCGCUUUCCGUGCAACUGCUGCCCCGAAACGUUUGCGAGUGCGGCGGAGCUGAAGGUGCAUGCGCGGAUUCAUGCUCCGGAGUAUCGCUGCACGGAGUGUGGGAAGUCGUUCGAUCGAAAGGGACUGCUCGCGAUCCACAUGGUGACUCACACGGGCGAGAGGCCGCACAGUUGCAACAUCUGCCCCAAGAGGUUCACACAGAAGGUGGCCCUAACUGUCCACCUCCGCUCUCACACCAAUGACAGGAAGUACAAGUGCGAGGUCUGCGACAUGAGGUUCCUGCGGAAGCAGGUCCUCGAGCGCCACAUGGCGGUGCACACCGGAGAACGGAAGUAUGCGUGCGAGCACUGCCCCAUGCGGUUUGCGCAGAAGGCGGCACUCUCGAUCCACGAGCGAACUCACAGCGGCGAGCGGCCCCACGCGUGCACCACCUGCAAAAAGAGGUUUGCAACCAGGGUGAACCUGGAGCGCCACGUCGCAACGCACACCGGCGAGCGGCCCUUCGAGUGCUGGUUGUGCCCCGCAGCGUUUGCCACCAACUCGACGCUUCAGGAUCACGUGCAGACGCACGAGCGGACGCGCGAGUACAAGUGUGCCGUGUGCGAGCUCGUCAUGUAUAGCAGGAGGGGUUUCAGUGGCCACAUGAAGAGGCACGUACACAAGGUCGAGUCAACUAAAAAGUAGUAGUGGACGCGCUGUCUUAUUACACUCUCCUUUAUGUUUCCCGCUUUGCCAAAGGUUGUUAGCAUGGGCAAACUUGAUUACUGCAUGAAAUAAAUGUGCUCGAUACAAA